CUGGCUGCACCCGGCGGACCACUCCCCUUGCAUUAUUUUCAUUCCGGGAGAGAGGGUGAAAUACGACGGGGGCCCUUUAAGAGCCUUGUUCCGGCGGCCCGCCGCAGGAUGGAGGCGGCGAGCGGAGGCUGGCCCCGGCGCUGAUCGCGGAGACUGCGGCCCGGCAGCCCAGCCGCCCGGCCGGCCAUGCUGCUGCGACCGCUGCUGAGCUGCGCCGCCCGGGCGCUGCGCCGGGAGGGGCCUGCCAGCCUCGCCUCGGGGCCGGGGCCGCGGGGGGCGCAGCGCUGGGCCUGGCCUCGGGAUAAAGAUAGAGAAAACGACAAAGAGAAAAAAUCAGUGAUCUGUGUCGAAGGCAAUAUUGCAAGUGGGAAGACAACAUGCCUGGAGUUCUUCUCCAACACAGCAGACAUUGAGGUGUUCAUGGAGCCUGUGGCCAAGUGGAGAAAUGUCCGUGGCCAUAAUCCUCUGGGUCUCAUGUACCGUGACGCCUGUCGAUGGGGCCUCACACUGCAGACAUACGUGCAGCUCACCAUGCUGAACCAGCACACUCGUCCUCAGACAUCACCGGUACGGUUGAUGGAGCGGUCGAUUCACAGCGCAAGAUACAUUUUUGUGGAAAACCUGUAUAGAAGCGGGAAGAUGCCUGAAGUGGACUAUGUGGUUCUGUCGGAGUGGUUUGACUGGAUCGUGAGGAACAUUGAUGUGUCUGUCGAUUUGAUAGUUUACCUUCGGACCACUCCUGAGACUUGUUACCAGAGGUUAAAGAUGCGAUGCAGGGAAGAGGAGAAGGUCAUUCCGCUGGAGUACCUGGAUGCGAUUCACCACCUCUACGAAGAGUGGCUCAUCAAAGGAGGCCUUUUCCCCGUCACGGCCCCUGUUCUGGUGAUCGAGGCUGACCACAACAUGCAGAAAAUGUUAGAACUCUUUGAACACAACCGGGACCGAAUAUUAACUCCAGAGAAUUGGAAGCAUGGUCCGUAGGACAGGAAAGAUCCUGCCAGAAAAAUGCCUGCUGUUGCCCAGUUAGCUAUUAGGAGCAAUUUAGAAAAAUCCACUCUCGGGAGGGCUUUAUAUAUGGCCAGAUUUGUUUUCCUAAUGGUCCUUUCUCCUUUGCCAGUGUCUUUAUCCUGAGUUUCUGGCACUUGUGGGUAAAUGACAAAUGGCACCAAUGGGUUUGCUGUGCCCUUUGGUGUUCACAGCCUUGUAUUCUCCCUGGGGCCUCUCCUCGUGGUUUCCCACUGCUGGGUCCCUCUAAUGAAGGGAAGAGCCGUCUGACAUUAUGCUGGGCUCAUGGUCUCUAACCUUUCAGACCACCCAGGAGGGCGAGGUUAGUGGUCUUACAUCCCAGGGGAGGAAGUUGAAGCUCAGAGGGGCUGAGGGACUCCUCAGGGUCACACAGCCAGUAACAGUGUAGUCAGCACCAUUCAGACUUUUGGUGACCCCAGAGCGUUCUCUUGCCCCAGGCUGCCUCAGCCUGAGAGCCCUGCCUUCCGCUGCUGGAGACCCUUGCAUCUGCGUGGGGAGAGCCAGGGGUGCUUGGAGCCGCUAUCAUCAUUUUCUCAUUAUUUGAGCAGUUCUUGAGGACAGUUGGCAUUUCUAGAUGUUUACAAAAUUGUGCUGUGUUUGGCUCGAGGCCAGCAUUUAGUAGUGUCCCAGCAUAAGGCUGCUGCAGCUUGUACCACCCCAUCAUCUAGACUUCCACGUCCUUGGGAGAAUCACGCGCUGGCUCCUGAAUGGUGCUCGGUCUCCUCGGUGACAAAGGUCCUGCUUGAGCUGCUGCCAAUUCCACGUCAGGGAAAUGACUGUGGGCACCUGGCUGGCCUGCCCAGUGCCAGCUGGGGCGUGGGACCACCGGCCCUGGUUCUGGGGCUCCCUUACUUGUGGCUUUGUGCGAGGAGCUUCACCUUUGGAAUUACUGAGAGACACAAGUAGCCUUCAUUCUUUUUGAAAUGUUUUCCAUCUAAGGGGACACCUUGGGCCAUAGAACAUGAAACCAUCUUUAUUGACGUGGAAAAUAUCGUAGCUUUGCUCAGCUGCAACAAUGCAUUGAAGGCACAGCUGUCUCUUGAGUCAAGUAGGAAGCAAGAGAAAGGAAGAACGUUCUCUCUGGGGACAGUCUGGACAGGAAAGUCGGGGCUUGCCAGCAAAGGCUUCUGAUGUUUUGGAGGCAGGCGGGGAGAGCUUCAAGAAGACUGGCUGCGCACACCGGAGAGGGUCGACUGAAGUCUGGGGAGACAGGCCUCGGCCCCUCCCGAGCAGCGGUUGGUGUAGGUGAAGGUUGGAAGGCCUGGUCCCCGCCUCCGCGUGACUCUAGCACCUGUGCUUGCAACAGUCUGCUGCUCAAUAGUGACAGGUGCCCCUGGUGGUCCAGUCCCAGAGCGAGUGCUAAGAGGGCAAGCACUCUGGCUCCCGGCCCUGCCUGUCUGGACCAAUUCUUGGGACAUGUCGGCAGGAUGAGGGGCAGCAGCCCAGCGUGGGGGCUGUGUCUCUCAGCUCACUGUCAGUGAUGGACCAGAAACCUGGGGGAGGCGAGACCUUCUGCAACCGGGUAUGGUGACAGGCCGGGGCUGUCUUUGGGAAUUUGUAAGUGAAAGUCCAGGAUUUUCCCCACAGCUCAUUUUGAACAUCUGUUUCAGGGGUAAUGUGAUUUUUUAAAAAAAAAGUCUUGUUCUGUUGUAGCCAAUAAAUCUUUCACCUAAAUUUUGAAGUGCUUAA